AAAAUAAUCCAGAACACAUGAUUGAAGAACCAAAACGUUUUUGCACUGGGCACUGCAGGCACCUAAGUAUGCUUAUAAGUAGUGCAUGAUAUAUAAGUUUUGUUAUUUAGAAAAAUAAAUCAGAUAAAAUAUGACGAAGAUCGACCUUUCUUUGUUUCGAAGAAAGUUUCGCGGUUCGAUACUCGGUGUACUGACGGGUGAUUGCUUGGGAAGCCCUUACGAAAAUGAAAAGCUCAGUUCAGGCUCCAAACUUGUUCUGCAAAAGUCCUUUGAUAAGCUUGAAGGGCCACCAUUUAAAGCUCCUGUUAUGCAAUUCACUGAUGAUUCUGCGAUGACAAUGUCUUUGGCUGAAUCUCUAAUUGAAAAAAAGGAUCUUGAUCUGGUUGACUUGGCUAAAAAGUUUGUCAAAAGCUAUUAUCAGGAACCACAACGUGGAUAUGGUUCUGGAGUCGUUACAGUGUUUCAAAAACUCAGAGGAAGUAAAUUCUCAGAUGUUCUUUUGCCAGCCAAAGAGCAGUUUCAUGGACAAGGAUCUUUUGGUAAUGGAGCCGCUAUGAGAGUCGCUCCGGUUGCUCUUUUUUGUUACAAUCACUACGACAAUUUAAGAGAGUUUGCAAAGAAGCAGUCUUUGAUCACGCAUACUCACAAAAUAGGAGUAGAUGGAGCAAUUUUACAGGCAAUUGCAAUUCAGCAGAGUAUACAUAUACAUCCGGAUGAUCAGUUGAAUGUUAUAGAUUUCGUAGACGAGCUUGUGAACAAAAUGAACUUUGUAGAAGAAGAUGAGGAAGGUUUAGAUCUUGUAGAGGCUCAACCGUACAAAAGCCAGUUAAAUUUAAUCAAAAAGCUAUUGCAAGAAGAAGGUGAAGAAAAUCCAAUAGAUGAUAAAGUCAUAAAGAAUCUUGGCAAUGAUAUCAGUGGAUUGAGAUCUGUACCAACAGCAAUAUUUUGCUUUCUAAGAGCUCAGAAACCAAUAAAGGGUAUCAAGACUGAUAAUCCAUUUAGGCGAGCAGUUCAAUACGCCAUAAGUUUAGGUGGGGACACAGACACCAUUGGAAGCAUGACAGGUGCAAUAGCUGGUGCUUUUUAUGGUGAGGAAGUCAUUUCUCCCAACAUUUUACAGCACCUUGAAGCCUCUACUGAUUUUAAAGAUCUGGCUGAUGAUUUGUUUCAAGUUGCAACUAAAAUGGAGUGGAAUUCAAGCUGAACAUAGUAUACAAAUGAAUUAAGACUGCAUUUUAUUGUUGAUACAUUUGCACAAUUUGUACAUAUGUGAUAUAAAAAUAUGUAUAAUUUUACCUUAAAAUAAUUUUAAAGCAAUUAUUAUCUUCAUAUUCUAAUAAAUCAAAAAUUUAUCAAUUUAUUUUGAUAUGUUUACAG